AUGGAGACAACCAGCGAUACCACAAAAAUCCUAGUGAAGGGUCCUGAAUACCUUCGAAAGCAAAUGGAACUGGAGAGUGAGACAAAAGGGCGCAUGAGUGCGGUGGAGAGGCUCGCUGCAAGCAAACCAAAAUAUGUCAAGAGCCAGCAGGUGGUCAACUCGACUCAGGAGCCAGUGAUCAGUCUCGGAUCCGCUUCUGUGAGUAGCACCGGGUCUUCUAACCGGAGUUCAAACCGUGGUGGCAAACUUGUCACAAGGAGUGACUCACCUGAGGCCACAUGUGGUGCACAAAACUGCUCACCCGGGCAGGUACGCCGGUCCAGUUCCAAAAAACGACCAGACUCCCUUCUACUUUAUAGGCAGAAGUGUGAAUUAUUGAGAGGGUCUCCAAAUGUCCGGAAACACCAUAAAACACGUAAGUUGCUGCACAGCACUAUGAAUAAAAACGUUACUCUACCUGAGGCAGCAGAUAAGGAAUGUGAGUCUGAAGGCAACAAGGAAAAAAUCACCACCCCUGAGGAAUCUGUAAAGGAAUGUAGCUCAAUUGUAGUUACUUCUCACCCUGAGAGGAGGAAGGAUGGAUUAGUAGAACAACACACCACCAAAAACAAUGAUUCUGGGACAAAUGUGACAGCUGCUGUUGAGAAUAAAUCUGUUAGUCUCCUUAAGGUUCCUGAGUUUAAACGAUCCGGCAAAGGCAUCAGUCGCUCUCACUCUGACAUCAGUUCCAGGUACUCCAAAAAUUUCGCAGAUUUUGAUGCUUUUUUCAUGUACUGCGGGCUGGAUGGUGAGGUAAUCAAGUCUUUGGGGAAGGAGAACUUCUCUGCACGUUCAGACGAAAUUGCAAUAAACAUCCGAAGCAUCAGCGUCUCUACAUCAGACGAUGGAUUCUCCAGGAACAGUGGUGACAGUGAUGGGCUACUGGAGGAUGAUUUACAUGGAAAGAUACGCCAGGGGACGUCAGUUAUUGAGCGCAAUGCACGGAUUAUCAAAUGGCUUUACAGCUGCAAAAAUGCUAAAGAGACAGGGAAAAAAUUAAGAGACCUUGAUUGAGAUUUUCUCAAAAAUGAUUUUUUCAAGCCCUGCAUGCCAAAUACUUGCCUGAAACUGUUAGAUGAUACAUUUUAUCCAUUUUAUCCAUUCCAUUUUAUCCAAAGCAGCUACAGGUGAUUUGUGACUUUA